GGGAAGGAGGCCACUACAAAGCUGCGGCGUAACCCUGCCGUGAUUGGCUGGUGGGAUCCAUUUAAUCUGCUGCCUCUACUAGAGGGUCCACCUCCAUCCUCCAUCCUCCUUCCUCCUCCCCCUGUGUCUGCAUCCACCCACAAACAGUGUGCUGCCUCUGUUCCAGGGAGACUAUCAGCCUUGCACAGGGAGGAGAGGAUUAGCUCCACCACUCAUCUCAUCUGCAUUUACGUUCCCAGAGAACCACAUGAGCAUCCAAGGCUGAACCUCCUUUGUAUAAAACCUGGCACUCCAAUCAGCAGGCUUCACUUCAUCUGCUGUCACUGCAGGGAGAAGAUUCAGGAGCAGGAGUUUGGUUGUUUUUGUCAUUUUUACAAAUCAGGGACUUUUGAAUUAUUGGCAGGCUUUGCUGAAUAAUUUAAAUUUGUUCUAAGCAAUGUCAAACGGGGCAAUGCAACUGUUUGACAUCUACUUGCUUUGAACAAGGGGUUUCCCUUGAAUUAUUUUUUUGUUUUGUUUUAGAGGGAAACUUCUGCAAUUAUUUUUUGUUAUUUUUUGGGGAACGGAAUUUCCAGGAUGCCAUCCAAAGAGUCCUUCGAUGCUCAGAAGAAAGAGAAGCCUUUGGUGCAAAAGGCCAAACGGGAGGCCAAUCAGGAGGACAUUCUCUCAGCAGCUCUGGGGAUGAGARUGGGGCCACAGAAACCCUCCUCAGCCACUUUCUGGCAACCACUGAAACUAUUAGCCUACUCGCAGCUCACCUCACUGGUCCGACGAGCCACUCUGAAGGAGAGCGACAGGAUCCCCAGAUCGGAAAAAGUCCACAACUUCAAGGUCCAUACCUUUCGGGGGCCUCACUGGUGCGAACACUGUGCCAGAUUCAUGUGGGGACUGAUGGCUCAGGGGGUCAAAUGUGCAGAUUGUGGUAUGAAUGUUCACAAAGAGUGCUCAGCUCAGGUGCCUAACGACUGCAAGCCGGACCUGCGACACGUGCGGAAGGUGUACAGCUGUGACCUCACCACCCUGGUGCAGGCCUAUAACACAGCCCGACCCAUGGUGGUGGACAUGUGCAUACGAGAGAUCGAGUCCAGAGGACUGAAGUCAGAAGGCCUCUACAGAAUAUCUGGAUUUAGUGAUUCGGUGGAAGAAGUCAAGAUGGGCUUCGAUAAAGAUGGUGAGAAGACAGACAUCUCCGCGAGAGCCUAUGAAGACAUCAAUAUCAUCACGAGCGCUCUGAAACUGUACCUCAGGGAUUUGCCAGUUCCUGUCAUCUCAUUCGAAGCCUACCCCCGGUUCAUCGAAGCUGCAAAACUCACGGAUCCAGAAAAGAAGCUGGAAGCUUUUCGUGAGGCUCUGGCUUUGCUGCCUGAAUCUCACAAAGACACUCUCAAAUACCUCAUGGCCCAUUUAAAAAGGGUGACACAGAAUGAGAAAUUUAAUCUGAUGAACGCAGAGAACCUGGGCAUCAUCUUCGGGCCCACCCUCAUGCGAGCACCCAACCAGGACGCCAUGACAGCUCUGAAUGACAUCCGCUACCAAAGGCAGGUGGUGGAGAUGCUGAUUAAAAACGAAGAGGGCCUCUUUUAAACUCCCAUCAGGACUUUUGCACAACAAUUCUCUAACAACAUUUUUUUGUGUAAGGAAGGACUCUUUGUGUACAUUUAUGAGUGCCCCUAACAUCAACGACCCUCGUUUUACUGGGUGCGGAUGACUCUCGUACAAAUUCAGUGUCUCCCCAUUUUUGUCGGGGGAUUUUCUGAAGCUGACAUGCAUCGUGUAAACUCUUUAGUCGUAACUUAGCAUGAGUUGAAGCCGUUUAGCCUCGUGGUUUUCUUUCUGUCUGGUCUGUAAUGUUUUUGUUCACAUUCCUGGCUGCCUGCGGUGCAGUUUCUUCCGUCAAACUUUGUACAUCUGGAUGUAAAAAUAAGCUAAGUUUUCUUGAGUCAUUUUUACGACGCUGUAUUUUUUUAUCUGCUCAGUCGUUUGUUACGUGAGCUGCAGUUCUUUAGUGGAAUGAACCGUUUUCAUGUGUGAACACUGAUGAUUUUACCUGAUAGUAACGUUUUUACUGUUUUAAACAAAGUUGUUUGUGAAAUUAAUUUUGUACUGUAAUGUUUUUUGUACACCACUUGUGCAUGAUUACUUUAAUUUAUUAAACCCUAAUUUGAACAAA